GGGUACUUUUUGCUUAUGCUGCAAAUAAUUAUUGUGCCUUAUUCAAAUGGUGCAGGAUGUCAAUUCGAAUGCGUGAAUCAGAAUAAGUGUCACGGGAUCAGAAAAAAAAAUAUGGUAGGUCUUGGACGAUGUGGCAUCAAUAAAGUUUGCUUCCCCAAGGGGGAAACGUAUCUGCCACACGAUACUUGUGGACAAUCAAGAAUAAAACCUACGAUGUGCAAAAUACCGGCGCUGAAUGAGUUUCCCUGGAUGGCCAUGCUGUUAUAUGGAAAUAAAAACAAUUUGUCCGAGAAGCUGGUACCAAGAUGUGGUGGAUCACUAAUAAACAUGACCGCAGCGCACUGCAUGAAGUAUCCAUUUUUGGAAGAUGAAUUUGCUCUCAAGACAUAG